AGUACACGGACGCUUCUGGAACAGAAACAACUACUCAUACGACAACUGCAAAGCAAAUCACAUGGCCUCACCACCAUAAUGGAGCAGAUGCGAGAACGUUUGAAGAUUUUGAGUACCGAGAAAAUAUCGGUGGACCGAGCGUUGGAUCAAUUGAAGCUGCAACUCUCCGGGCUACAAACGCGUUCUGCACAGCAAGAUGCUGAUUUGCUCACUCAACGCGAACUGAUAACGGAAUUGGAGACGCAGCUAACUGAGCGAGUUGCCGAACUGGAAAAACUGCAACCCAGGGUGGCGGAGUUGGAUGCGUGUAAACAGAGAGUGCACCAUUUGGAAGAUGAAGUCAAGCACUGGCGCACUCUGUCUCAGGAACAGGAGACCAGUCUCUCCGAAAUGGCGGCUGUUGUUAGCUCCAGCAAGCUGGAAGCGGACUCCUUGCGUGAGUCUCACAACGCACUCACGGAUGCUCAGUGGGCAGACGAUUCUGUGGUACCAAAUUGCCUACAGUGCAACGCCGCCUUCAGUGUGAGCCGUCGUCGGCACCACUGCCGCAAUUGUGGUCUCAUAUUUUGUCACAACUGCUCCUCUAACGCGAUGUCACUUCCAAGUUCUGCCAAGCCGGUUCGUGUGUGCGACAAGUGUCAUGCCCUGCUUUUGCUACGGUACGCGGCAAAAUCCUGACUUGUCUCCACUACCCCCAUGGCCCCGCCCCGCUGUGUUCCGCUUAUGUGCACAUACUGCCCUUUCUUUUGUUUGUGUUUUUUCUUUCCCGUUUAUUUUUCCACGCAUUUGUACAACAGUUGCAAACUGUGAUGAUGUUUUUCCACAUUCGUUUGUUCUCUCUAUGUUACACGGUCG